AAUAAUGGCGGCUUUCAAGGUGCGGGCUUGGCUCUCUAAGGCUGUCUGAGCAAGGAGCGGAGGCACCGGAGCCCCCGAGUCCGGGAUCGAAGGCCCCGCGAGCUGGUCUCGGGGAGACACUUCCCAGAGCGUGCCAUGGAGAACUCGGUCGAGGAUGCCUCGAUCCACCGGCUGGAAGGCACCGACCUGGACUCGCAGGUCGGCGGGCUCAUCUGCAAGACCAAGAGCGCGGCCAGCGAGCAGCACGUGUUCAAGGCCCCGGCUCCCCGACCCUCCUUGCUCGGACUCGACUUGCUGGCUUCCCUGAAGCGGAAGGAGCGCGAGGAGAAGGAAGAUGGGGAGGACAAGAAGAAGUCCAAAGUCUCCUCCUACAAGGACUGGGAAGAGAGCAAAGAUGAGCAGAAGGACCUGGAGGAAGAGAGCAGUGAGCAGGCUGGCCCAAGUGGUCGCACAGACAGGCAUUACCGGUCGGCCCGCGUGGAGACGCCCUCCCAUCCCGGCGGUGUGAGCGAAGAGUUCUGGGAACGCAAUCGGCAGCGAGAGCGAGAACGGCGGGAACACGGGGUCUACGCCUCCUCCAAAGAGGAAAAGGAGCGGAAGAAGGGACGGUCGCGGGAUCGGGACAGUGACCGCAAGCGAGAUAGAGAUGAACGGGACAGAAGUCGCCACAGCAGCAGAUCGGAGCGGGAAAGCGGAUCAGAGCGCAGCAGCCGGAGAAACGAGCCCGAGAGCCCGCGACAUAGACCUAAAGAUGCCGCCACCCCGUCGCGGUCUGCAUGGGAGGAGGAGGACAGCGGCUACGGCUCGUCUCGGCGCUCACAGUGGGAGUCACCCUCCCCGACGCCUUCCUCCCGGGACUCGGAGCGGAGCCACCGGCCGUCCAGUCGAGACCGAGACAGGUCUGUGCGGGGCAAGUACUCCGACGACACUCCUCUGCCCACCCCGUCCUACAAGUACAACGAAUGGGCCGACGACCGGCGGCACCUGGGCUCCACCCCGCGGCUGUCCAGGGGUCGGGGGCGACGUGAGGAUGGCGAGGAUGGGAUCUCCUUUGACACUGAAGAGGAACGGCAGCAGUGGGAGGAGGACCAGAGGCAAGCUGACCGCGACUGGUACAUGAUGGAUGAAGGAUACGACGAGUUCCACAACCCCCUGGCCUACUCAUCUGAGGACUACGUGAGGCGGCGCGAGCAGCACCUGCAUAAGCAGAAGCAGAAGCGCAUUUCCGCCCAGCGGAGACAGAUCAAUGAGGAUAACGAGCGCUGGGAGACCAACCGUAUGCUCACCAGUGGGGUGGUCCACCGGCUGGAGGUGGACGAGGACUUUGAAGAGGACAGCGCCGCCAAGGUGCACCUCAUGGUGCACAACCUGGUGCCCCCCUUCCUGGACGGCCGCAUCGUCUUCACCAAGCAGCCGGAGCCCGUGAUUCCCGUCAAAGACGCCACUUCUGACCUGGCCAUCAUUGCACGCAAAGGCAGCCAGACAGUGCGCAAGCACCGGGAGCAGAAGGAGCGCAAGAAGGCUCAGCACAAACACUGGGAACUGGCUGGAACCAAACUGGGAGACAUCAUGGGCGUCAAGAAGGAGGAGGAGCCCGAUAAGGCGCUGACAGAAGACGGGAAGGUGGACUACAGGACCGAGCAGAAGUUUGCGGAUCACAUGAAGAAGAAGAGCGAGGCCAGCAGCGAGUUUGCGAAAAAGAAGUCGAUCCUGGAGCAGCGGCAGUACCUGCCCAUCUUCGCCGUGCAGCAGGAGCUGCUCACCAUCAUCAGAGACAACAGCAUCGUGAUCGUCGUGGGGGAAACGGGCAGCGGGAAGACCACGCAGCUGACGCAGUACCUGCACGAAGACGGCUACACGGACUACGGGAUGAUCGGGUGCACGCAGCCACGGCGUGUGGCCGCCAUGUCUGUGGCCAAGAGAGUCAGCGAGGAGAUGGGGGGCAGCCUUGGCGAGGAGGUGGGCUACGCCAUCCGCUUCGAGGACUGCACGUCGGAGAACACCUUGAUCAAGUACAUGACGGACGGCAUCCUGCUCCGCGAGUCACUGCGGGAGGCCGACCUGGACCACUACAGCGCCAUCAUCAUGGACGAGGCCCACGAGCGCUCGCUCAACACUGAUGUCCUCUUCGGGCUGCUCCGUGAGGUGGUGGCCCGGCGCUCUGACCUGAAGCUCAUCGUCACGUCGGCCACGAUGGACGCAGACAAAUUCGCGUCUUUCUUUGGCAACGUGCCCAUCUUCCACAUCCCCGGCCGCACCUUCCCUGUGGACAUUCUCUUCAGCAAGACCCCGCAGGAGGAUUACGUGGAGGCGGCGGUGAAACAGUCCCUGCAGGUGCACCUGUCGGGGGCCCCCGGGGACAUCCUGAUCUUCAUGCCGGGCCAGGAGGACAUUGAGGUGACCUCUGACCAGAUUGUGGAGCACCUGGAGGAGCUGGAGAAUGCGCCUGCGCUGGCCGUGCUGCCCAUAUACUCGCAGCUGCCUUCCGAUCUGCAGGCCAAGAUCUUCCAGAAGGCCCCUGAUGGUGUCCGCAAGUGCAUCGUGGCCACCAACAUCGCCGAGACGUCUCUGACUGUGGACGGCAUCAUGUUCGUCAUCGACUCUGGUUAUUGCAAGUUAAAGGUCUUCAACCCCAGGAUCGGCAUGGACGCGCUGCAGAUCUACCCCAUCAGCCAGGCCAACGCCAACCAGAGGUCGGGGCGCGCCGGCAGGACGGGCCCAGGUCAGUGUUUCAGGCUCUACACCCAGAGCGCCUACAAGAACGAGCUGCUCACCACCACGGUGCCCGAGAUCCAGCGCACCAACCUGGCCAACGUGGUGCUGCUGCUCAAGUCACUGGGCGUGCAGGACCUGCUGCAGUUCCACUUCAUGGACCCGCCGCCCGAGGACAACAUGCUCAAUUCCAUGUACCAGUUGUGGAUCCUGGGUGCCCUGGACAAUACAGGUGGCCUGACGUCCACGGGGCGACUGAUGGUGGAAUUCCCGCUGGACCCGGCCCUGUCCAAGAUGCUCAUCGUCUCGUGCGACAUGGGCUGUAGCUCCGAGAUCCUGCUCAUCGUGUCCAUGCUCUCUGUCCCUGCCAUCUUCUACAGGCCCAAGGGCCGAGAGGAGGAGAGCGACCAAAUCCGGGAGAAGUUCGCCGUGCCCGAGAGUGACCAUCUGACCUACCUGAACGUCUACCUGCAGUGGAAAAACAACAAUUAUUCCACCAUUUGGUGCAACGACCACUUCAUCCAUGCCAAGGCCAUGCGGAAGGUCAGGGAGGUGCGCGCGCAGCUGAAGGACAUCAUGGUGCAGCAGCGCAUGAGCCUGGCCUCAUGCGGCACCGACUGGGACAUCGUUCGCAAGUGCAUCUGCGCCGCCUACUUCCACCAGGCCGCCAAGCUCAAGGGUAUCGGGGAGUACGUGAACAUCCGGACGGGGAUGCCCUGCCACCUGCACCCCACCAGCUCCCUCUUCGGGAUGGGCUAUACCCCGGACUACAUUGUGUAUCACGAGCUGGUCAUGACCACCAAGGAGUACAUGCAGUGCGUGACUGCCGUGGACGGAGAGUGGCUUGCGGAGCUGGGGCCCAUGUUCUACAGCGUGAAGCAGGCGGGGAAGUCUCGGCAGGAGAACCGCCGACGGGCCAAAGAAGAAGCGUCCGCCAUGGAGGAGGAGAUGGCGCUGGCCGAGGAGCAGCUGCGCGCCCGGCGGCAGGAGCAGGAGAAGCGCAGCCCCCUGGGCAGCGUCAGGUCUACCAAGAUCUACACGCCAGGGCGGAAGGAGCAGGGGGAGCCCAUGACCCCCCGCCGCACACCUGCCCGCUUUGGGCUCUGAGCUGAGGCCAGCCCUGCAGAGGAGGGGCCCCCGGCGACAGUACCCUAGGCAAC